CGUCCGUCAGAGGGCUUCUGGUGCCGGCGUCGGCGGCCGGGACGGCGCGAGCGUCGCGAUGGACGCCGAAGUGGAGUCGCCUCUGCGAGAAGUGAGCGUGGCCGACAUUGGCUGCCUGAUUGAGCGUCUUCAGGAGCAUGGAGUGCAUGGUGCAAAGAGUCGGUGUCUGCUCCUGCUCUUACAGAGCGGCGUCAACACAUGUCCCUGCCGCAUCUAUGCCAGCCAAGAGUCUGGUCAGCCCCUGGUCGUCAUAACAAUUACGCGUCAGUGGCACGGCCAUCACGCGCUGGGCGUGUUCGCACGAGAGGACGCGGCGAGCCUGCGGUGCCUGGCCGCGGCCGUGCGCGCCCCGGGCCUCCAGCUCUGGGGCACGCCCUUCACCGCCGACGGCGUGCCCCUGCACGUGGCCCACGUGCUGAGGACGGCCGCCGAGGAACGAGGCCUCACGUGGGACGGGCUCGCGCCGUUUGACCUCUUCGUGCAGGAGAGUUGCCAGCCGCCGGAGCACGUGCUUGAAUGCCCAGCCGGUGUCGUCAUCCGCCCGCUCAAUGAGGGACAUGUGGACCAAGUGAAGCGCUUCUGGGAGUACUCCGACCACGUCCCGGGCCGUCGACGGCAUCAUCAGAGACGGACGCGCACCUCGCACUCGUCCGAGACGCCGCCCGCCAACAGAGCCGUGACGUCACUGACCUACGGCGCGCCGGCCUUCAUCGGCUUGACGCGCGACGGCGACAAAUAUAGGUGGGCCGACGGAGGUGCCCUGGAGUACGCCCACUGGGCGGCUGGGCAGCCGGCGGACGGGUGGCUUGGUUGUGUCGUGACCAACGCCGACGGCAACGGCGGCUGGGGCACGGCCAACUGCACAGAGACGCUCGACUUUGUGUGCUCGGCUCCAGCGAAUUCGACGCUGGACGACGUCGACUCUACGUAG